AUGUCCGCCCGCUUCGGAUUGCGCUUUGCGCAGCAAACCGCCCGACAGUCGACAACUUCAUUCACGUCAAGAGCGCCUUUUCAAUUGAGAAACCCUGUGUUUCGACGAUGGCAGGGCACAGCCGCUAACCCAGCCGUCGAAGGUGCGCCGCCGCAGUCUCUGUUUCAGAAACUCUGGACCAGCGAGGUCGGCAUCAGGACGGUGCAUUUCUGGGCUCCUAUCAUGAAAUGGGGUGUCGUCCUUGCCGGCGCAUCAGACUUCCUCCGUCCAGCCGAAAAGCUAUCGUUGACACAGAACGCGGCUCUCAUGGCUACAGGUUCUAUCUGGACGAGAUGGUGCUUCGUCAUUCGACCAAAGAACAUGCUUCUUGCCGCUGUCAACUUCUGCCUCUUCCUUGUAGGUACUAUCCAGUGCACCCGUAUCUUCCUGUAUCGGAGCUCGCAAACAGGCAGCGCCACCGCUGCCUUGAAGGACAUGGAGAAGGACAUCGAGAACUCGGCGAAGGGUGUGGAGAAGAAGGUGGAAGCCAAGUUGUAA